AUGCGGCCGCCCGCCCCCAGCCCCUGGGCUGCGCCUGCCCGGUUCUCGCGCUCUGGGCGCAGCCUGUCCCGCGCGCAGCGCUCCGGGAGUGUCCCGGGGCUGCCCCCAGCCCGGCCGGUCGCCGGGGGCUCUGGGAGCCGGGCCGGGCCGAACCCGGCGGCUGUACUCGAGCGGGGCUCGGGGCUCGAUACCCGGGACGGGACAGGCCGCUCCGCUCCGGGGCGCAGCGUCCUGGGCUGGCCCGUGCGCUCCGAGCCCCGCCCGCCGCAGUGCCCGGCCCAGCGCGGAGCGCAGCUGCUGGAGCAGCGCCGGCCCCGCUCGGGGACCCCGCUCCCAGCUCAGCCCCACGAGGCCUUCAUGGAGCUUGGGAAGAAGCUAGCCCUGGUCCGGCAGGGGGAGGGCGAGAAGAACGUGGUGCUGAAGCGACGCUCCCAGGAAGCAGCGCCUGGCCCGCCGGCCGGCAUGGCCCUGUGGGAGGGCCCGCGGGCAGGGCCAGAGGAAGAGGCUGCAUUGCCCCACAUCCUGGUCACUGACUUCAGUGCUUCGAGCACUGCAGCCUGGGGCAGCCUCGAGGGGGUCCCUGCUACAGCCCCCGACCCACAGCUGGAGUCCGAGCCCCCAAGAGCGGCAGAGGAGGAUGCAGAGAGCGUCUCCAAGCCCCGUGCACCUCCCUCCCUCCCCCUCCCUCUGCUCUCCCGGCAGCCGGAGUCGGAGCAGGACGCCUCCGAAGAUGGAGGGAGCAGCCUGGGCUCCAGCUCUGUGGCGCUGGACCCUGUGGAGAAGGAGUGGCUGCAGGGGGCGGCCAGCGGGCACCUGCUCACCCUGAGUCACCUGCUCAAACAGGAGCCGUCCCUGGCCACCAGGAAGGACUUCACCUCGGUGAGUACAGGGCCAUGCCAGGCCCAUGCUCCCUCCAGCCCUGACCGGGCGGCUCAGGCUGCAGCUUGGGGUGGGUCGCGCUGCCUUGCGAAUCCCGGAGGGGCCUGGGGCAAAGUCAAGCUCUUGGGACCCCAAACUCCUGAGAAAAAAGAAGAACAGGAGGGGUAA